AUGAAACUUGAGGAAAUGGAUGUUCCGCGGAAUUUUCGCCUUCUGGAAGAGUUAGAAGAUGGCCAGAAAGGCAAAGGCGACGGCAAUAUAUCUUGGGGACUUGAGGACGACGAUGAUAUGACGUUGACUCGCUGGACAGGAAUGAUCAUCGGUCCGCCACGGACGCCUUUUGAAUCCAGAAUAUACAAUUUACGCAUCGAAUGUGGCCCGAACUAUCCCAAAGAGGCACCCUCCGUACGCUUUACUACAAAAAUUAACAUGAAUGGAGUGAAUCAAGCGAAUGGCACGGUUGAUAGGCGUUACGUGCCGGUGCUACGUCAGUGGAAUAGUACGUUUUAUAUCAAGACGAUUCUGGAGGAUAUUCGGAAGACGAUGAUGACUGCAAAGGAGAAUAUGAAAUUGCCGCAGCCUCCCGAGAGUGCCACAUACUAG